AUGACAGUUGAAUAUACUAAUUCUGAUUUGGCAACCUAUCAAAAUGAGGUAAAUGAACAAAUUGCUAAGAAUCAAGCCCAUCUUAACUCGUUGACCCACCCAGGCUCCAGAGUGACUUUUUCCAUAGAUCAAGACGUUUCUGCUUCACCGCACAACCCGAACUCAAAAGUCUUCUUCUUCGAUAUUGAUAACUGCCUAUAUAAAUCAUCUACAAGAAUUCAUGAUCUCAUGCAACAAUCUAUAUUGAGGUUCUUCCAAACUCACUUAAAACUGGCCUCUGAGGAUGCCCAAGUAUUGAACAACACGUACUACAAACAAUACGGCCUUGCCAUUCGAGGACUUGUAAUGUUCCACAAAGUGAACGCGCUAGAAUACAACCGACUUGUGGACGAUUCUUUGCCAUUGCAAGAUAUCUUGAAACCGGAUAUGCCUUUAAGGAACAUGCUGCUGAAGCUGAGGCAAUCGGGAAAAAUCGAUAAAUUGUGGCUGUUCACAAACGCGUAUAAGAACCACGCUAUACGUUGCGUGAGAUUAUUGGGUAUAGCGGAUCUCUUCGAUGGAUUGACAUAUUGUGAUUACUCUAGAACAGAUACACUGGUGUGUAAGCCACAUAUCAAAGCCUUUGAAAAAGCUAUGAAAGAAAGUGGGUUGGCAAGUUACGAGAAUUCUUGGUUUAUCGACGACAGUGGGAAAAACAUCGAGACCGGUAUCAAACUCGGAAUGAAAACCUGUAUACAUUUAGUGGAGAAUGAAGUCAAUGAAAUCUUGGGGCAAACACCAGAAGGUGCUAUCGUCAUUAAGAAUAUAUUGGACUUACCACAUGUCGUGCCAGACUUAUUUUAG